GUUGGAACGGAGUUGUAAGGCCUUAUGGCCACAAGGGCAAGGAGAUGACUCCACCAUCUGCUCGUUCAAUUCUUGUCAUCACCCUGUGAGAUGCUGUAGCCCUUCUUUGGACGUACAUCAUAAGUUGGCCUCCAAAAGUGAAAUGCAAUUACAAGAUAAAUUCUCCAAUGAAGAAAUUCGAAAACAAAGUCACAUACCUGGAGACG